CUGUCGAGUUCUUUUUGUAUUUGUUUCGUUUUCGCGCUUCGAUCGAAUGGAGAGUUAUGAGCGACAAACUUUCGAACAAUUUGGCGAAGAAAACAAAACCGAAAUGACUCUAACUGAAAUUCUGACCAAUGAAACCAAUCAAGUCACCACUGUAGUGGUGUUCGUUAUCGCAGCUGUAGUAGUCAUUAUUUUAAUAUUUGUUUUGGCAGUUUUCAUCGACUGCAGGCAACAGAAAAUUGAAGAUUUUAAAGCAAAAUCCUUAAGGAAAAGGAUGCGAAGAAAAAUUGAACGAGCCUUUCCAGUCUUGCCGUCGAUCGGGGAAACAUCCCAAAUGGGGGACGAGCAGACCAUAGUCAACCACAUGGAGCAGCAAGCCACAUCAUCCCAUGCUGAUGUAGUAUGAAUGGUUUUAACUCGACAAUAAUUGAACUAUUUGCAUCACACCACAUCUCAUUACGUUAUUGGAUAUUUUAUAAGAAAAUAAACCUUCUUUUGUUAUA